UAUCAAUAUCAUCAUUCUUACUAGAAUAUCGAGGGUUGACUUUUCGCUCGUCACGGAAGGUUUUGUGUUGUAGGAAAUUUCUGUAAUCUAAUUCAAUUAUCAGCCCUUUCUUUAAAAUGUUGCCCUUAAAACUUAAACUAUCAUUUCUUAUUCCUAUUGUUGUGACUACUUUUCCAUUUCGUUUCGCUAUUGUGUAGAAUUUAUGUUUUAUUUACAACACUUUUGUGAAGCUGUAAAGUUGACUACAUAUUUACGUGCGUAUCGUAUUUAUUUAAAAUGGAAAAAAGACGUGUGACGUGUGAACACUUGAACAAGCUCGUGGAUGUUCUAGGACGGGAGUUAUGGCAAUCUAAAGAGACACUGACAUGUUUCGAUUGUGGUUGCUCCGGGCCCAAUCUCUGGAUCUGUUUGCAGCCAGAAUGCCAUCACAUCGGAUGUUCCGAAGGCAAAAAUGACCACAGCACCAUACAUCAAAAGAACUAUCCAUACCACUGCGUGCACAUGAACGUGUCAACGGAGAGGAUAUGGUGUUAUUUGUGCGAGAAGGAAGUUUACAUUCAAGGCGCAAUGACGUAUACAGCGACGAGCCCAGACUCGACGUCCAUGGACGGUUCUGUGCGGCACGGCUCCGUGAGCCUUGCGGUCACGCCCGACGACGAUCUUGAUCCAGACGACCUGGACUACGAUGAUGAAGCGAGGCCUAGAGGGCUGGUGGGUCUGCAGAACAUGGGCAACACGUGCUACAUGAACGCGGCGCUGCAGGCCCUGAGCAACACGGCGCCGCUCACGUCGUACUUCCUGGAGUGCGCCGCCGCCGUGGCCGUGCUCGCCGCCGACAAGAAGCCCGGCAUCAGUCGAGCAUACCAAAAAUUAAUCAAAGAGAUGUGGAGCAGAAGGAGUAGAGGCUAUGUUGUACCAAACGGUAUACUAUACGGCAUAAGGAAUGUGCAUCCGAUGUUCCGCGGCUACCAUCAGCAUGACACGCAGGAGUUCCUGCGCUGCUUCAUGGACCAGCUGCACGAGGAGUUGAAGGAACCGGUGUGGGACAAUCCGCCCGAAGACAAGCUCACAUCGGAGGCUGAUGGGGAUCACCAACAUCCCCCACAGGACAACCGGAGCGUGCACAUGAGGCGGCGCGCCGCCUCCUCUGGAGCAAGCGACGCGCCGUUGUUCGCGCGGACGCGUCGGAAGUCGCCCGCCGCCUCGUCUUACAGCGAGUCGCGGACCGAUGGAUAUUUGAGAGUGCAAGGGCAGGACGGCAUAGCCCCGCGCCACCGACGGUCCGCGAGCUUCGCCGGGAUGCACCACUUCACUUACAACGUGUUCACACAACAGAUGAACGGGCCAGAGACAACGCAGCGCGAUGUCGGCUCAGAAUCGGAGUUGUCGUGGUCCAGUGAGGCUGAUGAGAGAUACGAGACCUGUUCCAGCGCCAGUGAUGUACCUGAUCCCAGAAUCGAACCUACACCUAGUCCGUCGUCGGCGGGCGGCGCCGGUGCGGGCGGCGCCGGUGCGGGCGCGUGCGGCGACGGUGCGUGCUCGCCGCGGUACCGCAGCGUCGUGUCCGACGUGUUCGACGGCAAGCUGCUCUCCUCCGUGCAGUGCCUCAUCUGCGACCGGGUGUCGACGCGCGUGGAGACGUUCCAGGACCUGUCGCUGCCGAUCCCGUCGCGGGAGCAGCUGGCGGUGCUGCGCUGCCAGCAGCCGGCGCUGGCGCACCACGCGCCGCACGGCGCGCAGGAGUCGUGGGUGUGGUGGUUGUUAAGUUGGCUGCGGUCGUGGUUCUACGGGCCGGUGGUGUCGCUGCAGGACUGUCUGGCAGCUUUCUUCAGUGCUGACGAGCUUAAAGGCGAUAAUAUGUACAGUUGUUCCCGCUGCAACAAGCUGCGCAACGGCGUGAAGAUGUCGGGCGUGGUGGUGUUGCCGGAGGUGCUGUGCGUGCAUCUCAAGCGGUUCCGACACGAGCUCAUGUUCAGCGCCAAGGUCGCCGCCAGAGUCUCCUUCCCCAUCAACGACUUGAAUAUGCAACCUUAUACGCAUACAGAGUGCGCGUCGCGCGUGCGGCGCUACGAGCUGUGCGCCGUGAUCUGCCACGCGGGCACGGCGGGCGGCGGCCACUACACCUGCGUGGCGCGCAACCCGCGCGGCUGGUUCUGCUUCGACGACGCCGCCGUGGCGCCCGUCUCCGCGCACCACCUCGCGCACUGCGAGGCCUACGUGCUCUUCUACAGAAAAGUCAACCCUCAAAUGACGGUGCUGCGACAGAAAGCGGCGGAGAUAUUAGAAUCGGCGAGCGUCGAUAACAACGAUACCAAAUAUUACAUUUCUAAGCAGUGGAUUAAUAAGUUUAACACGUGGGCGGAGCCAGGGCCCAUAGAUAACAGCGACUUCGCGUGUCGACACGGCGCGGUGCGCACGGACAGGCAACAACACCUACAUUUGUUGGCAGCGCAUAUACCACAACAGUUGUGGCGCUUCCUUCACCAACAGUUCGGCGGCGGGCCGGCGGUGCGGUGCGUGCGGUCGUGCGGCGCGUGCGCGCGCGCGGCGCACCGGCUGCGCGCGCGCCGCGCGCACGAGCUGCAACGGUUCUGCGCGCUGCACGCCGCGCUGCAGGAGCAAGAGUACCCCGGCACAAUGUACGCGAUCAGCAUGCACUGGUUCCGGCAGUGGCAGGCGUUCGUUCGCAACAAGACGCAGCAGCCGCCGCCGCCCGUCGACAACACCGGCAUCGUCACCAAACAGGACGUCGACGGCACGACAAUAUACACUCUCAAACACGGGUCAGACCACGCACAACUGAGCGAGGAGCUGUGGAGGUUCUUCACGGGCACGUACGGCGGCGGGCCCGAGGUCCGGCUGAAGGGCACCGCGCCGCCCGCCGCCGCACCCGCGCCCGCCACCACACUCCCUACUCACGACUACUCCCUCGACACGCGCCGCCUCUCGCGCAAGUACUCCGAGUCGGACAAAGAAGAGUAUUGCACCAAAUCCACCUCCGAGAUGAACAUCAGAGACUCCGUGCACGGAGAGCUACAGAAGAACCAGUCGCUUCAGAACAUAAACAGAAGGUACAAAGUGUCGCGAAUGACGUCGGACAGCGAUGAGGACGUCAACUACAGGUUCCAGUACAAGAAACACGAGCCGAAUGGAAACUAUCAGGAUUCUGAUGACGAUAGCCCUCCGCACAGCUAUGUGAACACGAUAAGGAUGGAGAAUGGUGUGGACAGCUCCGACCACGACGCAAACGACAACCCGGUGUACCAAAAACGUUCCGACAAAUCGGACUCGGACAUGCCCAAUCUAGACGGCAUGUCGCUCAAGAACAAAUCCAAGGGCGGUAAAGUGAGAAAACUGAAACGACGGACAGUAAAAUGAUUUUUUGUAGCUUUUCAGUUUGUACACAGACUGAGGCGGAAGGUGGCUUCGCGCGAAUAAACAUUCCUACGAGUGACAGGUGUCAGGCGUGCAUUUAUCUGGACACGACAUAACGAUAUUUUUCUAAAAGCAAUUGAUUUAUAAUCGAGCGGCCUCCGUGUCCGUAUUUGGGAGGGUUAGUAUUUUAGUACAAUUGAAUUGUUUAGUUCAAAUUCAGGUGACGUUUAGGUACUUGAAUGGAUGUUUCUAAUAAUCAACUGUAUAAUUAAUGUAAAUGUGUAUCAGUGUAAAUUACGUAACGCAAGUUAACCGUAUUUCGUCGUAUAGUUAAAUUGUGUUGUAUAUUUGUGACGGAAUUCCGCUGUUCCCUUGUUUACCGUGGAUUAGGUAUUUAUUUUGUUGUUUCUGGUUGUAAGACUAUAUGUUAUUUGUUAAUGAUUGAUCAGCAAUAAAAUAUAAUUCGUCUAUAUUGGCUGCAUCAACUU